CUUCUUUGUACACAUUUUGAACUACUCGUAUGGGAUCGUUCAAUGUAUUUUGAAAAGACUAGUAAGCAUGGUUUUAGUGUGAAGUUUUGUUUUGAAGAUGGAAGAGUUAUAUUUUUGACUUCCUUCUAGCCUUCUUGGCUUGGAAUUGAAAUGCUUUAACGCUGAUCAUUGGAUUUAUGAUAAAGAAAGGCACUGAAUUGGUGAUGAUGGAGGUCGAUACUAUUGUACCUGUUUCUAAUGAAAAAAACAAAUUAACAAAUAAUGAUCCAAGUAAAUCAGACAAGAACCAACAAAAAAACAAAGAUAACACUGAAAAUGUUGCUCCGCAAGAUUCUAUGGUCGCUCAAAUUCCAGCUGGUCCUGGGAAUGAAGCUGGUCCAAUACCCAAAAUACAAAAUGUCGUAUGCACCGUGAACUUAGAUUGCACUCUUGACCUUCAGAAAAUCAAUUUUCGUACCAGAAAUUCUGAAUAUAAUCCUAAAAGAUUCUGUGGCAUCGUCAUGAGACUUCUUCACCCUCGUUCAACAGCCUUGAUCUUCAGCUCUGGAAAGAUUGUCGUUACUGGUGUGAAACAUGAACAGCAUUCAGUUCUCGCUGCUAGGAAAUACGCCAGGAUUUUACAAAAGUUGAAUUUUCCUGUUAAAUUUAAAGACUUCAAGAUUCACAACAUGGUAGCAACUUGUGAUUUAAGAUUUCCACUGAGAUUAGAAAAUUUGCAUCAAAUUCAUGGUCAAUUUAGCAGCUAUGAACCUGAAUUGUUUCCUGCUCUGAUAUACAGAAUGAUCAAACCAAGAAUAGUGAUUCUCAUUUUUGUAAAUGGAAAACUUGUAAUAACAGGUGCAAAAAGCAGAGGAGAAAUCUAUGAAGGACUCGACAAUAUUUUUCCUAUCCUUAAAAGUUAUAGAAAACCUUAAAAAGAUUCUGUUUUAGUGUUAGAUAUCAAAGUUGAGGCUGUGCAUGUUAUUAUAUUUUAUUUAUUCUUGUUUGUUAAUUUAUGGUUUUUAAAAUAAUUUUAGUGUGUUCAUUUUUUAAUAUGCUGUCCAGUGUUUUUAUUCUUCACAACUUCUUGUUAUGUAGUAUGUUGUAUCAGGUGUUAAUCGACGUUUGCUGGUAAAGCUAUGCAUUUUUAGCAUUAAUAUAUAAAAUUAAUGAUUAUUGUUUAACUAUGAGAAAUUUGAAUAAUUAAAAAUAAAAUGAUGCAGAUUGUAAUUUUA